AUAGUGGGGAAGGACCGGCUGACGACAGGGUACGGAUGCGCCGGGACACACAAUGGAUUCCGAUAGUGUUCCAGGUUCUGCUACCAGGGGACGAGAGAAGGUUCCGGGCCGAGGCAAGGGCCCAGCGUUUGCAGGCAGCUAGAGAGGCAGCAGCAGCUGCGAACCGUGCGUUAGCAGCAGCAGCAGUUAGUGCUGAAGCUGUGGCAACUUCUGCAGCGAUCUCUAAAGGUCAGCAGACAUCAGGAUUCUUCGCUAUGUCUUUUGUCUCAUCUUGUGGGGCGAGUGCGGGACCUUCCUCCAGUCAGAUGGCAGGCUUGCAGUACAGCCAGCCACCUCUGGCCGCUAGGGAGGAGUUAGAGCUCCAACAAUUAGAGCUACUCCGUUUACAGCUAGAGAAGCAACUCAAGGAAGCUACCGACAAAGAGACAAAGAAUAGAAAUAGAAAGGCCAGAGUGGAGAGCAAAGGUGAUGAUGUGGCUGCAUUAGAGGGGUUAGAUGACUCAGUCCUUGAUGAUGUGGAAGAGGUCAUCAACGCGGUUAUCCAUGCGUAUAUGGACAGCAGAUUGGAUGACGAGAUUCUGAAGGCCGUGCAGGGGAAGGGAAGAGCAAUCCCUUCCACAACAGGCGAGCCUAGAGGAAGUAGUGAAGGAGUUGGAGGCGGAAGAGGACCCUUUGAGACGCCAGAGUAUAGAGGAGGAAAAAAAGUUGCAGUGGAAGUUGCGUCUCACCCGAUAGAAGAAGAGGAGGGCGAGGCGAAUAAGAUGGCGAAGGAGUUGGAGGUGAUUAAGCAGCAGAGGGAGCAGAUUCAGGCUCAAGUAGAUUUACAGGGUAAAUUUGAUAUUAUUUCCCGAAAUAUAGAACUUCUAGCUAAAGCUUGGGACGAGCAACAUCAGUUCGCUAGAGCCCAGGAUAUCGCCUUACAUUCCAUUAGCCUGGGUUUCAAGGAUUUCGCACGUGAGAUGAUGAUGACCGUAGGUGCAGAGAUGCAGGCGAGGAUAGAGGGCACGGAGAAAUUCUGCACAGGCGCCAUUGAGGGCGCAAAGCUGGCCGCUCCAAAGGAGGAGGAGGUUCGCCCUCAUAGAGAGUCCGUAAAGAUUAAGUUUCCUGAACCCUAUAGUGGGAAGACCGAAGAAAAUUUUGAUAACUGGGAGGCAAAUGUGAAUAUAUACGUGUAUUUGCAGAAGAUCGUAGCUGAGGAACAAGUCCUCAUCGCGCUCCAGGCCCUCAAAGACGAAGCAGCCAACUUCGCCAGAUCACUCGAUCACAUUGCACAGUGCGAAAAUAAUAUGGUAGCUUAUUCCAAGAUCAUUCCUCUCCCUGAAUUCUUCCGAGUGCUUAGAGAGCGAUUUGCAGAUGUCACGCGAGGCGCAAGGGCCUUAGACAAACUGCAAACCAUCCACUCAUUCCAGUGGAGGAGUGCAAGAGCCCUCAAGGGCAUAAUGGACGAGUUGGUAGCCGUCCCAAACCACGGGGUCACUGAGACCCAGUUGGUCAAUUUAUUUUAUUGUGCCAUGCCAGAGCCCGUGCACUUAGCUAAGCCGCCGACAGGAGUAGUGUCGCGGCCAAUCCAUCAUCGCAUAGAGAUAGAGCCUGGCAGUAGGAUUCCUAAGGGUGUUGUGUAUAGGAUGUCCCUGAGGGAGUUAGAGGAGUUGCGCAAGCAGCUGGACAAGCUCCUCGAGAAGGGUUGGAUUAGGCCGCGUUCAUCUCCAUUUGGAGCACCUGUUCUUUUUGUCCCCAAGGAGGGAGAGCUCAGGAUGUGCAUAGACUAUAGAGGUCUCAACGUCGUCAAAGUAAAGAAUGCAGAACCACUGCCUCACAUAGAUGAUCUGUUGGAUCAGGUGCAGGGCUGCAAGUAUUUCUCGAAGAUAGAUUUGAAAUCUGGGUAUCAUCAGAUAGAGGUCCAUCCUGAUGACCAGUAUAAGACGACGUUCCGGACGCGAUAUGGGCACUACGAGUUUAUAACCAAUGCGCCAGCAACAUUCCAGCGCUGUAUGAAUGAUUUGCUUAGGCUGUGGUUAGACAAAUUUAUGGUAGUGCACUUAGACGACAUUCUAGUUUUUAGUAAGACCCUCCAGGAGCAUGGGGGUCAUCUGAGGCAGGUCUUGGAGAAGCUUAGAGAAGUUAACUUUAAGAUCAACGCACAAAAGUGCGAAUGGGCCAAGACACAAGUUUUGUACUUGGGCCUCGUCUUAGACAAAGACGACAUAACACCUGAAGACAGCAAUAUAGCAGUGAUUAGAGAUUGUUCAAUGCCCCGCAUGCUGACAGAGUUGCGGUCAUUCUUAGGCCUAGCUAACUAUUAUAGGAAGUUCGUCUGGAACUUCUCCAUCAUCGCUGCACACCUUCGCAGGUUGCUAAAGAUAGAAGCAAUCUUGAAGUGGGACAAGGACUGUACAUCAGCCCUGAAGAAGUUAAAGCGGGCUUUGAUAGAGUACCCAGUCCUUAAGGUAGCCGAUCUGUCCCCGCAUUUCGUUGUUACCACCGACGCGAGUCAGUAUGACAUAAAUGUUGUUUUACAGCAAGACGAUGGCAAUGGAUAUAGGCCCGUAGAGUUCAUGCUGCCAGGAUGCCUUCAGAGAAGCCUAGAGCAUCAUCCCACUGUGGGGAGUGCAGGCCAAGGAAUGCUAAGAAUAAAGCAGGAUGAGGACACGGGCAUAGUUGCAAUCAGAGGGGAGACACUGGCCUCAUCAGCAGUUCGGGAAGAGCGAGGACGCAUGAAUCAGGACAGAGAUUUAGGAUCAGGAGGUGGUUCAACAGCAUAUAGAGCUGCUGGAAGGAUGAAACUGGAGUCAAAGAUCCAGGAAGGUCGAGGAAGUGAGGCGGGUUUGAAUGCCCAAGACCAUGAUCUGAUAGAGAGGGACAGAGAGAGGUGUAAGGAGCAAGAGGUUUCUAAUGGUGGACAUAGCGCUGAGCUGCUUCCUUCAGGGCAAGAGAGAGAGUGGGGGAGAGAUGAGAAAAGGGAGCGAGUGAGAGUAGACGGCACUCCAGAGAGGAGGGAUGGCUUGGGCCAAAAGACUUCAUCUGCACACCGGUCCGAGCCAGCUUCCCACCCAGUGACUACCAAUUGUAAAAGGGAGCGUGAGAUUGGAAGGGAGAGCAAGAGAGAAGGCAGGGAGAAAGGGGACCGACUUUCUUCUCAGAUAGUCUCUAGGGAUUCGAAAUUGACACUGCUGCCAUCGGGAGAAAGGUGGGCGGGGAAGAAGCGAGAAGUCAAGGGCAACCGAGAACAACAUUAUGAAGAUGAUAUUACUAAUGAUGAACAUGGUGACAACGACAAUGAGGAUGAAGAGAGUGAUGAUAAGAAUGGUCGCUUGAGGUGUAGUGAGUACAGCCGCAGUCAGAAGCAGAGUGAUCACUCAAGUGAUUUUGGGGAGGAGCCCCCGAAGAAGGGGUCUGUUGCUGACAGCUCUUUGCAAGUGGAUAUUGUGGGUGGAAGCCCUUGCUUGUCUCAGGGACGAUACAGCGGUGAUGAAGAUGAAAUUUCACUUGGAGGCGGAAUUGAGGAAAACAAGGCCUCUUUGGAGCAAGAAAGGGGAGACGGAGGAAGGGUUGGGGAGGAGGGUGGAAGAGCACGAGGCAGUGAUGAUCUCAUUCGGCGGGGUAGGGGACGUCGCCGAGAGGGGGGCAGGUGGAGUAGACUGCGACGCUUGGGGGUUGACCGGUGGAAUUAUGUGCACUCCAUGAUCAAGGGUACAAAGUUCACGUUGAGGAGGGGUCGGGUCCCGCGGUGGCGGAAGAAGUGGAUGCCGCAGGUUUGUUCACGCGUGGCGAGUGAAUUGGCCAGCGUUGGGGCGGUUUGUUUGCUGGUGUCGAAGCUGUCAGCAACGGAAGCAGCAAUUGUUGGCUUGCAUGUAGGUGCAGUCCUUGGUUGUGAGUUUCUUGAGAUGGGGGGGGUGGGUGGAGGAAGAGCGUUGAGCCAUGCGGUCUUGCGUUCCAUACGCAAGAAGUGGAUGGUGUUGAGUUCCUUGGAGCUGAGGGAUGCGGAGGAGGAAGAGGAAACGGUGUCGGGCUCAACGAUAGGGGCUGUGAACUCGUCGUCGGAGGGAGACGCUACAGUGGCAGAGAAGGCGAUCGUGUUGAACAGCACGGGUGAGGAGGUCGGUAAAGGACAUGGGUGGCUCGUAGGCGAAGGCAGAGGCGAUGUCCUUACAGCAGACCCGCUUGAAGCGGGAAAUGAAGACGUUGUUGCUGCUCUGGUCGUGGGGAAUGUUUUGACGGAGGGUACCGACAUAUUGGACGAAGCGGUCGGUGGGGCCGUUUUGGCGAAGCCUGCAAAACUGGUCGACAGAGUCGUUGAUUGUCUUUUGUGGGCGGAAGGUGGUGGAGAGGAGGGAGGCCCACUCGAGAAAGGGGAGAGGAGGAAGACCGGCGGAGUGUCGGUUGGCGGAUUCUGUGAUCCACCAGCAAUGGGCGAUGUCGACAAGUUUGUUGACGGCAAUGGAAAGUCGGUGGAUAAGGGGGACAUUGUGGAGUUCGAAAGCUUGUUGUAAUUUGGUGAGAAAGAGGAGAAUGUCGUCAUGGGAUUCUC